CGUCCGCAAGGCACAGCGCCAGGGCAAUGGACAGCGCCCGGGCACAGCACAGCUUAAGCGCAGGCUGACCGGGAAGGCAAUCUUCCCAUGCACUGCAGGAUUUAGGCGUUUUGAUUCCACAGUCCUGCCAUGAGCUGGCUGGGCACAAAGCCUCCCCGAGCACCGGUGCCUCCUCUCCAGGCUUGCCAAGAGGAUGUGAGGGGCCUUCGUCGUGAGCUGCUGGCUGUAAGAUCUCUCAGCAAGCAGCAAUGUGAAGACAUGGCUCAACAGCUCCGCUGGGCAGAAGAGCAGUGCAGCAAGGCUCUGAGACUCUGGCAAUCUGCUGAGGAAGUGAAGGAAGAACUGAAUAUCAAGCUGCAGGCAGAGCUGCAGGAAGCUCAGAGGAAGAUGAAGGCAAUGGGGAAGAGGCACAAAGAAGAAAUGGAAAGGAUGCAUAAGGUCCUGCUGCAGUACAGCCCAGCUGAAGAAAAGCAGAUGGACGCAGGAUCUGCCAUCAAAGCUGCCGCUGCAGCAGCAUCCUCUGAAGAAGCCUCCUCUCUGCAGCCCGAAAACCCGAGCGUGAGCAGUUCGACCCUCUCAAGCCAGGAGAGAGAGAAGCAGUUCCUGAAGCUGCUGAGGCGUGUGGUGAGGGUGGGAGAUCCAGAGAAGAAGUACACUGGAUGGACACCUAUUGGCAGUGGGGGGUUUGGAACCAUUUAUAAGGCCUUCAACGCUGCCACAGGACGAGCGGUGGCCAUAAAGCAACUUAAUCUCCAGCACCAGGGCUGCGAGGAUGUGUUGAAGGAAAUCCUGAACAUGAAGGAAUAUUAGAACCCCAAUAUUGUCACCUACCUAGAAAGCUACCUUGUCAAUGAGGAUGUCCUGGUGGUGUUGGAGUAUAUGGAUGGAGGCUCCUUAGCUGAUGUGGUCAGCAUGAAAAGGAUGGCUGUAGGACACAUAGCAACAGUGUGUCGGGAGUGCCUGCAAGGCCUGGCUUUCCUUCAUGCCAACCAGGUGAUCCACAGAGACAUCAAAAGUGACAACAUCCUUCUGGGCCGGAAUGGCUCCGUCAAGCUGGGUGGGUGUUCUGGGUCAGGCGCAGCGCUCCGGGGAGGCGGUGUGGGGCUGCUUUUGAGCGGCUGCCAGGUGCCCAGCAGUGGUGCUGGUGAGAGGGCAGGAAGCACUCUGCGAGCCCAGGGCGCAGCUGUAAGGGGCUGAGUGGUCUAGAGAGCAAGAAGGUAGCAAGAGUAACUUUGGUUUGUGUGUGUGUUCCUUCCAAAGGGAGAGAGUUACAGUGUAAACGUUCCGGUGCCUGAGGAAAAGCCACGAUGGGAAUCCUGGGGGGGGUUGCUAAGUGGACAAUUGCCCAUGUCCUUGGUUGCAGCCCUGAGGAACGAGAGCCCAGCUGCUUUUCCAGCUCGA